GCAACAAAUUUUCCUCACUCGCCGCACAGAUUUCAUAGCGUUUGGGCGUGUUUUCUCCGUAGCUGCCUCUGAAAAUCCCCACAUGCGGGCCCAAUUAAUUCAUACAUAUCAAACCGACAAACAGGAAGGACGCCGUCACAGUGCUGCUUUCAAUUAAGAAUAUUGAUUGAAAAACUCUGCUGAUAAAUCAAACUCCACUUCAGAUUCGCAUCUUUCUCUCUUUGUGCGCGCGCGCGUGUGUGUGUGUGUGCGGACAGCACUUGUAUUGGUGCGUGAGCAAAUUAUUGUAUAAUCGCCAAAAAAAAAAAUAAAAAUAAUAAAAGCGAAAACGCCAACGCGAGAACCGAAAGAUACACAAUCCAAAAACUAGCUAAGCUAAAAUAUUUCGAAAAAAAGAAUGUAUGACUAAAAUUAGUGUUGAACUCAGCAAUUAGCAGCAGGCCACUGCGAAGGAAAGUCAUCUUUGAGUUACUCACAGGAAGCAGCUAAACCACCAAAAACCACUAAAUAUAUCAGCUUAAAGCACAAAAAACUGGCUGACCCACUGAAUUAAGUGACUACCACAGAGUCACUUCAAUUAGAUACCCACACAAAGAGCACCGAAAACCAGUUGGGCUGCUGGAAAUCGCGAGGAGACCAGCUGAUCUCCAGACAAGUACGAGGACUUCCUGAGCUGCUCCACCGAACCCAUCGAUCGCCCUGCCCCCGGAGGAGCCGUCAUGCAGGCCAUCAAGUGCGUGGUUGUGGGCGACGGAGCGGUGGGCAAGACCUGCCUGCUGAUCAGCUACACGACCAACGCCUUCCCCGGCGAGUACAUACCCACCGUGUUCGACAACUACUCGGCGAACGUGAUGGUGGACGCCAAGCCCAUCAACCUGGGCCUCUGGGACACGGCCGGCCAGGAGGACUACGACCGCCUGCGGCCGCUCUCCUACCCGCAGACGGACGUCUUCCUCAUCUGCUUCUCGCUGGUCAACCCGGCCUCCUUCGAGAACGUGCGGGCCAAGUGGUUCCCCGAGGUGCGCCACCACUGCCCCAGUGUGCCCAUCAUCCUGGUGGGCACCAAGCUGGAUCUGCGCGACGACAAGCAGACCAUCGAGAAGCUGAAGGACAAGAAGCUGACCCCCAUCACCUAUCCGCAGGGCCUGGCCAUGGCCAAGGAAAUCGCCGCGGUCAAGUAUCUCGAGUGCUCCGCCCUCACCCAGAAGGGCCUGAAGACGGUCUUCGACGAGGCCAUACGAUCGGUCCUCUGCCCCGUGGUGCGCGGCCCCAAGCGGCACAAGUGCGAGCUACUCUAAACUUUGACCCCACCACAAGGAAAAGCAGCGAAAACAGCGAAAACAGCGAAAACCCCCAGAAGAACAUCGAAAACCGAGAACAAAGCGCAAAUUCUGUGCGAAUAUGCAUAUUCACUUCGCUUUGUGGGUGCGAGUGUGCGAGUGUGAGUGCGACGGCGCGAGUGUGUGAGUGAGUGAGCGUAUUUUUGUUUUUGUUGUCAGCUUUAUGUGGGGAGCAGCAGCCGCGAAACAACAACAGCAACAGCUAUCGAAGGGGGCUGGGGGGGAGCGGGGGUCUCCGGGGGGGCAGAUCACGGAUAGCCAGAUACACACACACACGUAGGUGUGCUACACUGGAAAGUAAAUAUGGUGACCAGCUGCAAAUAUUAAUUGGAUGUUCAUUGAUUUGUGGGCCAUAAACUGCCACAGUAAUUAUUUCAAUCUUCUUAAAUUCUAUACUACAAAGUUAAUUGGUUACCUUAGCAUUGAAUUAACUGUGUAAUAUUUGUUUUGAUAAAAUACCUGAGGAAAAUGCAAUUUUCUAGCGUUGGAGUUCGAGCAGAUUAACCGUGUUACUAAUGGCAAAUGUUAUAGAUUAAUGUUAGAAAACUAGCGCUUCAAUGGGGUUUCUUUCCCGUACUCUCAUGCAAAAGGCACUUGGGCCGGAGAAAUGUAUGACAAAUCAAAUAAAAUUAAUUGUAAAUAAAUCUAGACGAUUUAGGGCCUUCGGCGCCCCAAACACAGUCACUACAACGAGAGCCAGAUAGUAGCUCUUAUCUGGGCGCGGGAGUGUGGCCCAGGCCAGGCCCCGCCUAUGGCCAAUAUCUGAACCAUCGAGCGGGCAAAUUCUUCUAUAUGGUAGUUAGUGUUACGUGCGACUGCGAAUGUGCGUCUGAUCAAUGGUCUUCCCACUCAAUGCAUUUGCCGGAGUUGAUUUAAUGUAUACUAAAUGCACAAUUAGCCCCUACUGAUACUUGUAGUUGAUAGAUGCAUACACUUUGCCUUGCUUUUUUUGUAGCGAAGGAGCGAAAAACACAAAAAACCCUAUUUAUAUUAACACAUAAUUUACCAAUAAAGAGUGUAAUAUUAAUCAAGCAGAAUAAACGUUUGUAAAAAGCUAAA